UUUUUAGUUCCAAGAAAACAUCACAUUGUGUUCUCCAUGUCACAGCGUGCGGAGGAGCAGAAUUUCGUUCAGACGCGCCUACUUUUGCCACCGUGGGGUUAAUACAGAACGCUCAGGCGUACCGUUAUGUCGAAAAGGAGGUGUACUGUUUAAGCGGUACUCGAUGUUGAAAAACACGUCGUUGCUGUAACCACUUCUCAAUGGAGAAUAAUUUCCUGCAGUCUCUUCGGCGUGGAAAGCAAACUAUCCUUUGAGCUGAUGGAAGAUUCCUGUAUACAUAUUUCAUGAGGAGAUGCUACAGGAGAAGGUCUUGGCUGGGACAGAUGAAGGCGUGACUGUGGCCCCGCCCGCUGGACUUCCUGAGCCCCUCCCCAAGACCUCUCACCUGGGGCUGGCUGCCUCAGUCACCACUCCACACAGCAAUGAACCUGAUCAGAACAUCAAGAACAUCAAGGUGUUCCUGCAGGAGAGGGAGCUGUGGAAGAAGUUCCAUGAGGCUGGGACAGAGAUGAUCAUCACCAAAGCAGGAAGACGGCUGUUCCCCAGCUACAAGGUGAAGGUGACGGGGAUGGACCCCAAAACCAAGUACAUCCUGCUGGUUGAUGUGGUCCCUGCAGAUGACCACCGCUACAAGUUCUGUGACAACAAAUGGAUGCCGGCAGGCAAGGCAGAGCCAGCCAUGCCUGGCCGGCUGUACGUCCACCCAGACUCACCCGCCACUGGGGCCCACUGGAUGCGCCAACUGGUCUCCUUCCAAAAACUGAAACUCACCAACAAUCACCUGGACCCAUUUGGACAUAUCAUCCUCAACUCCAUGCACAAGUUCCAGCCGCGGCUGCACAUCGUCAGGGCCGACGAGAACAACACCUUCGGCUCCAAGAACAACGCCUUCUGCACUCACGUCUUCCACGAGACCGCCUUCGUCUCCGUCACGUCCUACCAGAACCACAAGAUCACACAGCUCAAGAUUGAGAACAACCCCUUCGCCAAGGGCUUCCGGGGCGGAGACGAGGGGGACCUGCGCGUGUCGCGUCUGCAAGGGAAAGAUUACCCUGUGGUUUCUAAGAGCAUGGUCAGACCGAGGCUGGUCUCCUCACACAGACACCUGACAGGGAAGCUGGGUACUGGGGUCUUGUCAGGCCACCUGCAGGCCCUUCCUCACUAUCAGUACGAGAGUGCCGGUCCCAUGCCCAACAGCGACUCCCAGGAGCACCCCGAAAACCGCUUCUCCCCUGGCCGAGAACCAGGCCUGCUUUACCACUGCUGCAAACACAGAGAUAGCAGCCGACACUUGGAACUGGGGUGCAAACGCCCAUUCCUGGACGCAGCGCCACCCGCUGUCACGGAGGAGCUCUACUUCCGGUCCCCUCCCUCCUACGAGCCCCCCCUGCUGUCCCACCCGUACUGCGGCGAGCCUCUGAGCUCCCGGGAGACCUGCAUGUACAGGGGGCUGGAGGCGGAGCUGGGGGGAGGGGCCGGCGACGAGCCGACGCCCGCCCCUCUGAACUGCAACGUGUGGGCGUCGGUGCAGCCGUGCCCCAGGUACCACGUGCAGACGGUGGAGGCCGUGCCCUACCCGCCCUUCGGCGCCCACUUCACCACCGCGCCCGCCGCCGCGCCCACCGUGGUGCCCCAGUCCCCCACCCGGCCCUUCUACCGCCCAGGCGCCCCGCAGAGGGGCCCGUCCCCCGCCCCUUCCUCAACCCCUAACUCACAGGACAGGGGCCCCCACCCCUCCGCCUACCCCCGGAACCCUGCACCCUCCCCACUGCCUCACAGAGACUAUCCAGCGGCCCCCCCGCAAAACCCCCCCUCCGUUCGGGACCCUCACUACCAGCACCAGAUGGGGCUGAGUUGCACGGGGGGGUGCUGGACUGACAGUUAA